CUGGUCUCUUGGCGGGGACCUUCCUGCAGCCAGGGCUUGGGAGGAGCAGUGGGCCGAAGAGUACUUCACAUGUGAAGCGGGUAUUGUUUUCUCGCGUAUUGAGCGUGUGUAUUCCUCCCUGUACCCUUCUGUCAUCCACACUCGGGCCGUGCAGGGCCAUGUAUUGUAUCGUAGGCCUGAUUUAUCUUCACAUCGACCCGUGUCUUUUGCUUUGACAUGCAGGCAGGAGGCCUCCAUCUUCCAAGUGCCCAGCUGGAUUUAUUCACACGAGCUUUUCUGUCAGGAGGUUUUCGCCGACUUCCAGUUCGAAUCAUUAAGGUGUUCAGGUUAUGGUUUUGCCAAGCUGAGCUUGUUCAAACACGCAGUGAAGAAAGCUGCCAGGUACACGAGGAAAAUGGUCCAGAGCGCUCCAGCAUCCAGCACGGAAGGCAAACUUUCGGCAUUCAUCGGUUUUCUCAGAGCGUUGGGCCGCAAUGACUGGAAUGAUGCUUUUCGCAUACAGGCUGCGUGUCCUCGUCUUCGGUCCGUCCGGGCCGACCGGGGCGCUGUAGCUACGCAGGAAUACAAGGACUUACUGUCCCAUGUACAUGAGUUCGGGCACGUUUCCUUCAAAGAGCGCGUGGACGAGCUGAAACGGCUGCGCGACGAACUGCCGGAGUUUGGUACAAGCAGAGGAAAGAGAGCAUCUUUUCUUCUCUUCGGAGGCUACUUCCUGGCGCUACUGGCAGUCUUUCGGCCGUCCAGGCACGCAGCGGAGGCAUAUCAUCAUAACCGCAAGAUAUCGCUUCGGAGCUGACUGCAUACUGGCAACCCGCUUUCGACCACAAGCAUACCAGUGCUUCGCGGCGUCGCCAAUGGUUCGACCAGCUCACAGAUAAGCUCCGCGUGGACUUGGCGGACCCCCUGCCGACGCUGGAGGACGUGCGGCACGUUUUUUUCGCUCCUGCCCAAGUUUGCGCGUGGUCGGGAUGGUAUACCGUUUGCUGUCUAUUCAAGGUUUGCCGAUAUCCUCGUACUUGUGUUUCUCGACAUCGUGAUUGGCAUGAUCAACGGUACUGUCGUGCCGCCGCACGACUUCAAUAGGGCAUUUCUUAUUUGUCAUCCAAAAGGCCGCGGCGACCCGCUCGAGGGAGUGGAAGUGCACGAUCCUGCCAGUACCCGUCCGCUGUCGAUUGUCGACGCUUCUAACAGAAACAUUGCCUCGAUCUUCCGCGUGGCGCUCGAAAGGAAGGUUGCUCACUAGGUGUCGGCAUCCCAGACUGGCUUCUGCCAGGCAGGCAGAUGCUUCGCAACGUGCUCGACGUGGACUUCGCUGCGCAGAAGAUCAGCAUAUCGUCGCGACGGGGCGCCAUCGUGCUGUUCGGCUUCAAGGUCGCGUUCCCCAGUCUGUCUCACGACUACAUGUGGGAAGUGGUGGUGGCUAUCGGGUUGCGGGCUUGCUAUGUCGACGCGCUGCGCUUGUUCUACACGGGCAACAAGCAUUGGAUCAGGAUCGGCAGAUGUAUUUUUGAAAGCGUGGAUGUGCGCAGUGGGGUGCGCCAGGGGUGCCCGUUAUCUCCGUUGCAAUUUGUACUCUGUGCUGAUAUUGUGUUUCGCCGCAUAUUCUUGCACUCGGGUGCUGGGGAACUUGUCCGUGCGUUUGCGGACGAUACUGCGGUGGUGGUGAGCGAUUAUACAAUUUCUUUCCCUUGUAUCGGCAGGGCGUUCCUCGAGUAUGCUAGUAUAUCAGGCCUACAGCUCAACGUCGAAUUACUCCGACGGAAGGACCCCACAUGAUAAUCUGUUUUGCGUGCCCUUCUUCCUUUCCUCCUGGCCAUGGCAAACACCCU